UGCAUUUGUGAGUGUCAGAGUUGAAUCUUUUGAUGGGAAAGUCGGGUUUUCCCGAUACUGGGAUUCCGGGAUUCCCGGGGUUGGGGUGGCCCAGUUCCUGCGAGAGGCAAUAGCGGGCAGUGCCGUGAGGCGCACGGUGCUUCCAAAUAUCCCAAGCGCCUGGAGCCCUCCCGACCCCCCCGGCUGCGCCCCCCAGACUCAGGCCUCUCCGGGCGGUGCCGGGCGCCUCUGUGACGCGGCGUUCCAGGCAGUCGGCCCCUGCAGAGCCUGUAGCCAGAGCCGCCCGGAGACAGGAGCCGGCGGCGACAGCGGAGGCAUGAACUGCUACCAGCUACCGGUGGUGAUCGACAACGGCUCAGGAGUGAUCAAGGCGGGCCUGGCUGGGUCUCGGGAGCCCCAGUUUAUCUACCCGAACAUUAUCGGCCGCGCCAAGGGCCAUAGCCCAGCGGCCCAGGGCGGGAUAGAACUCUGCGUGGGUGACCAAGCCCAGGCCUGGAGAAGUUCGCUGUCCAUCAGUUACCCAGUGGAGCGAGGUCUCAUUACUUCAUGGGAGGACAUGGAGAUCAUGUGGAAGCAUAUCUAUGAUUAUAACCUGAAGCUGAAACCAUGUGAUGGUCCAGUCUUGGUUACUGAGCCAGCCCUGAACCCACUGGCCAACCGGCAACAGAUCACAGAAGUGUUUUUUGAGCAUCUGGGUGUUCCUGCCUUCUAUAUGUCCAUCCAGGCUGUGCUAGCUCUCUUUGCUGCUGGCUUCACUACUGGCCUUGUGCUGAAUUCAGGAGCUGGGAUUACCCAGAGUGUGCCCAUCUUUGAGGGUUACUGUCUGCCUCAUGGUGUACAGCAACUGGGUCUGGCCGGCCUUGACCUCACCAGCUACCUCAUGGUGCUAAUGAAGAACCAUGGUAUCUUGUUGCUUAGUGCUUCAGACAGAAAGAUUGUUGAAGACAUCAAGGAGACCUUCUGUUAUGUGGCAAUGAACUACGAAGAGGAAAUGGCCAAGAAACCUGAUUGUCUAGAAAAAGUUUACCAACUACCUGACGGGAAGGUCUUCCGGCUCCAUGACCAACUCUUUUCUUGUCCAGAGGCCCUCUUCUCUCCGUGUCACAUGAACCUUGAGGCCCCUGGCAUUGAUAAGAUAUGUUUCAGCAGCAUAAUGAAAUGUGAUAUAGGCCUGAGGAAUUCCUUCUUUUCCAAUAUUAUCCUUGCCGGGGGAUCAACCUCUUUCCCUGGUUUAGACAAGCGGUUAGUUAAGGAUAUAGCAAAGGUGGCUCCUGCCAACACCCCUGUGCAAGUUACAGCUCCUCCAGAAAGGAAACUAUCAGUGUGGAUGGGAGGUUCUAUUCUUGCAUCCUUGUCUGCCUUCCAGGACAUGUGGAUCACUGCUGCAGAAUUUAAAGAAGUUGGACCCAACAUAGUACACCAGAGAUGCUUCUGAAAUACAGAUAAAAUGGUUAGAAGAAAAUGUUUUGAGUAUAUGUGACAGAAAACUUUGGAUAUUAUAUGUUUCCUGGAGAAUAGAAAAUACCCCAAUUAUUGGGAUGCCAAUAUUUCUGUUGUGUUUCUAUAAUGGGUGGGGGGAUAAUAAUGGUGAAGCUCAGGAACAGAUGUCUAUUGAGUAGAACCAAGUUAAAAUAA